UGCAGGCCUCUGGGGGCACAGACAACAAGGUCCUUUCUGAAGGCUUCCUGGCUGGGACCGGGCAGCAGUUGCCUAGGGGCCGGCAUUAACGGGGCUCCAGGCCUACCAUCCGUGGGCAGCGACAGGUGCUGAGACUUGUCUCCCAUCUCUGUUGGCUUGUGAGGAAGAAACUGCCUAAUGACCCCAGGGCUACCUUGCCCCCCCAACGGCAACCUAAGUGACCAUAUAAGCUGGCACGGCUGGAACCUGGCAUGUGUCGGAGAGGACUUUGCCCUGGGAGUGCCUGUGGGACGGUUGUGGCUGACCAAAGACAGCCCCAGACUGAGCGUCAUUUCAUAACAGUGGGCGUAGCUUCUUUCCCAGGAAAAGGGAUUUCUGUAGGUACUGUGUUGGUUGAGUGCUGCAGGAGAGGCAGGUCUCCUGGUGACAGGGUGCGCCUGGCAGGCUGGGCGUGCCUCUCUUCCUCUGGUCUUGGAAGAGGUUCCAGUUUGGGUACUUCUGAAGGAAAUGCUGGCCGGGAAGGGCUUGCUCUGGGGUCAAAGAAAUGGCAAGGAACAGAAUCCAGUUGGGCUGCCCCUCUGCCUCAAGCAUCCCAUCAACUGGGAGUCAUCCUGCCUUGGCCCCCAGGGCAGCUGAGACUUAGCAGGUGCUUCCUCUGAGAGCUGCCCCCCUCCAUUGGUGGAAUGGGCCGGCCAGGGAUUGUGCUGGCAGGCGGGCACAAGGAGUGUGAGAGCCUGGCAUGAUUGAAGUCCUGGGAUGAGCAUGUCAGUCAGCAGUUGUGCUUGUUUGAGCACCCCGCUCACAUUAGCUGAUUUGGUGAUUGCGGGCUCCCAGGUCUCUCUGAGACCUGUUUGGCCUGAGAAGCAUCCUGGCAACUUUUCCUCUCAAAUGUGCAACCUAAGAGGUUGGGAUCUGGGGAGGCAAAGGACUCCAUCCUCUUUUGCGCUUUCUAGCUGGGCAAGGGAGAAGGUCCAUACUACGAGAACAUGAAGGGGAAAGGGCUGCCAAUUCUGAAGGGACCCAGCUCUUCUCGGAUCCUCAGGCUAGAAGUGUGGCUCCUGGUUUCAUUGAUUGUAUCAUCAAGCUUGGCUUCAUUUAGCCUCUGCUCAGGCUUCUGGGCCAAGUUUCCUUAAGCAGUGCCCAGAGCCUCGCCCUGCACCAAGCAGUGCUUAAGGAAACUUGGUCAGAGCAGAUGGUUGAGUUUCAGAGGCUCUGCUGGUUUGAUGGCAACCCCUGACUAAGCUCCCUCGGGAACCACUGAGGACCACAAUGACUAGGCCAGUCACAUUAGCAGUUUCAAGCUUUCAAGAAAUGUUACUGGGGCUGAACUUGAUCAAAGGGCACCCGCUUGGAGGUGGCCAGAGCCUUUGCAGUCAGAAGUGUGUGCAGGAAGAGCCAAACUCCAGAGUGGAAGUUCUGUGGCUGAUGGUUGCAAUGGAGUUGAAAGGGACAGUCACCUGCUAGCUUCAGAGGGAGUGAUAUGUUGAGAGCAUUGAGUUUUCCUACCCUGUUUUAUUGGUCAGGCACUGUGGGGAUGGCAGAUGUGCAGAUGUGAGACAGGCUGAUGGGAUGCAGGUGUUAGCACAACAGGCAGGGCAACUUUUGGGGAAGGUAAGCAUGGCCUUAACUGGUCCCUGGCUCAAGGCAAUUGGACUUCUACAUGGGAAGAUGCAUGAUGGUGACAGGCAUCUGCAUUGCUUCUUCUGCUGGGCACCCAACUAGAAGACACAUCUCCCAGGUUCCCUCCCCAUCCUGCUUUCUUGACUGGACUGUGGUGGGAAGGGCAAUGAGCACCACUCCCAGGCCUACCCAGCCCAUUAUUUCAAAGACUCAAGGCUCUACAGGAUCCCCUCAGCUGAACGAAGAACACUUCAUCAUGGCAUCUAUAAACAGCUGGCAGAUUUAACUGCUCAGGAACAAUUAACGCGCAUGGAAUGAAUGGGAUCAGCAGUGCCAGACAAGGAACCGCUCAGCUGGUGAGCCGUUAAGGUCUUCAUUCACAAGCUGAUCCAUUAUUUGGUGUCAGAAAAGCUGAUCUUGUGUUCGCCACCCAUUCAUCCCUGCAGACCCUGAGAAGGAGACUCAUCAAAAUGGGAAUGCUGAUUCCACAUGGAGCCCAAAGACCCCCAGAUGAAUUUCAGGGGGUGGCAAAAACAGCAAGAACUUCAUACCUUGGCCUAGGAUUUGGGGAGGAGAGUGAAGUCAGCCAAUACAUAGCACAGAAAAGUAGUUUUCACAAAUCUUGGCUUGUUGCAAGGGGCAAGGGAGGGCAUUCUCCUCAGACCCUUUUCCUGGGCUUGGCGCAUGUUCCCAACAACAGUGACCCAAAACUCACAAUGCCGCUGCUCUGUCCUCCAGGGAAGCUGGCAACCACCAGGCCUGCCAGCUGCCUGGGCAGGGGGGCAUUUCUCUUUGCUCCCCAGGAGCACCCCCUAAUCACUCCUUAUUUCCCAGCCAGUUUAGUGAGCCAGCAGGCAGAGUGAGCAGGGGAGGCAGCUGCUAAGGGAGUCUUCCCCCCACCACAAAUCCUGCAUUGUGACAUGAUCCAGAAUGAGAAGUUUAUCAAAACGUGGGGCACUCUUCUGCAUAAGCCAGUUAUAGGCCCCAAAGGGUGGCUGAAAGUCAGGGAAUGCUGAUCCAAUUCAGAGAUGUGGAUUGAUAUUCACAUCAUAUACUAAGCCAGAAUAUCUUUUCUGAUUGGCAAGUUAUGAUUUGUGGCUUAGUGUGCAUUGCAGGGAUCAUCAGUAUGCAGUUCUGCAUGUGAAUAUAGACAACAGUGAGGCUGCUGGAGCAGAGAAGCACAGCCCCCCCCCCCCCUCUUCUGGGGCCUCUUUCCUCCCCAGCCUUUAUCUUUUCCCUUCAAGAAUUUGCAUGAAGGGGCUGCUGGCCUUCUCCAGGGAUGCUCCCCCCAAGCUGCACAGAUCUUCCAGGCAGAAGGAAGAAGAUUACCUGGCAGCUACAGAAACCCACCAGCCAAAAUAUGCUGGUGCUGACAUAUCCACAUGUAUUUAAGUGGUACCAAUGAAAAAAGGCUGGAAAAGAUGUGUUUCUAUGACUCUGCAUGUGCAGGUUCCCAUGCAGACAACACUACCUGGGAAGACUAAGUUUUCAGUGCCCCAAUUUGAAAACAAACCUUUUAAGAUUGUAACUUUGCUGACAACCCAGUGGAGCUCAGUCAAUAGAUCCUGUUCAGCGGUUUAGCAAUGGGGGAUGUUAAAAGCUUCCUAGGCAGCAUAUGUGCUUCCUCUGUGCCCCCAUGUAGCCCUUUGAGCUCUUCUCACCCUUUCAAAGAGUCUCAUUUUCAAUCCUUGGAAGGAACAGCUGCCUCCCUGAAACAGGGACUCCUCCGUCCCUCCCACUGAGGGAAUGGUUUCCUUUUAGGGAACCUGGUUGCAGAGCCCUUGACAAGGCCAGCCAAAGAUGCUGGGACUUGCUGCCCCCUUUACAGCCUGAACACUGUGGGGAGGGAAGGGAAUUCCUUCUGGUUCCCAGGCUGUGGAGUGAGCAAGCACAAGGCAGCCAUGUGCUGCAUGUCCCGCCCAGGCCAUGUGCUGGCGUGCCAGUAAACUCAGAACUGGGAGUUCUGCCAAGGCCUCCAUCAACGGGAGAGGCCUCCAAGCAGCUGGAAACGGAGCCCGCCAGCAAGUGGUUCACUCUCCAGCUGCAGGGAGUCCUUGCCCCAAGACAAGCAGAGGAAGAGAGCCGCUGCUUCUCCAGGAAAGCCACCUCACCCUCCCACCUCUCUGGAGCUGCUGUCUCUUCCUGCCACUGCCUGAAUCCCGAGCAACAUUCCCCUUUAUUACCAGAGGGCACCAAUGAGAGAUGCCUACCACGGGGUUUCUGCCCUGAAGAGAACUCUGUGCACAUCGCCAAGCACAGGCCUUGGUUUGUUAACCUGCCACCACAAGCCCUCGUGGUGCCUGCAGGGAAGACCAACCUUCAGGGAGCAGCACUGGUGGAAAAGGGAGCUGGGAAAGACACAAUUGUCCCAAUCUCAGUAGGAGAGUCCUGAGCCCCUCUGCAGGGCAAGACCUCUUUCGCAGCACCAAGGAAAAGAGCCAGCUGUGCCUGCUGCUGUGCCUCCCCCCCCCAUUCUUGGCAAGAGUGGCCUGCCGAGCGGGCUCCCGUCCCCUUUCUUGAUUCCCACUCCUGCUCCCCGGGCUAGAGGGAGGCCGUGAGCGAGAGGACAAGCUUUUGGAGACUCACAGAGCCAGGAGGAGCUCUCUCUUCCUAUGGGGAGAGGCGGGAGGGCCCCGCGAGGAGCGGCCGCCAGAGGUCCCUCUCACCCGGUCAGAGAGCCGCUGCUUGGCUCACCUCUGGCCUCACCAAGUAGCAAUAACAACAUGUUUGGGUGGCUUCUUACGUAACUGCCAACCUCGACCUAGUUUCGCGCUGCGCUUGGGCAAUACUUUACAUUUCUGACUCGGCCUCCACUUUUGCAACGCCUUCAUUAGUAGCCAAGGCAGAUUAAAGGGUGGCGGUGGUUAGCAGGGUGUUGCAAGGGGUCUAACGUGUGAAUCCGGGGGAUGAGGAGGUAGCAAGUUGCCCUGCGGAUAAGCGGGUCUUCUCUUUGCAGGAGAGGAUGAAAGCGGCAUUGUCCCGUAUGUCUCCUGCAGCCCCGGAACUUGCCUCCGAGUCCAUAGCGGGAGGGGGGGAUCGGAUGAAGCUAUCCGGAGCCCCCGUCCUUCGAAAAGGCGACUAUCCGCUUUCACGACCGGCGUCCUAGACAAAGGACCAGCGGGUCCCGGUCUGGAGCCGCAGAAAUGGGAAAAGUGACGCGCUGUUUCUGCUGACGUCGCGGGGGGGGGCAGUGCCAGCAGCGUCUCCGACUGGCGCCCUUCGGAUACUUUGGCCCACAAUUUGUAGCCGCCCCUGCGCCUUCGGCCCGGGACUGCAGCUUCCUCGCGUUUGUUACAGCUGGAAAGAGCUGCGCGUCUCGCCUGCGGCUCGCGAAUGCGGGGCGCGGCUCGACCGGCUCGAUUGCGCGUAACCGUCCGGGCUCAGCUACGCGCGGUCCCGGCAGGAGGGGCGUGGCCUGAUUGCAUAGCACGCUGAGACCAUGUGACGUCUCGAGAGGCUUCCUAUAUAAGGCGGGCGAACGCCGAAAUAGCUGCAGCUCUUUCCGGCCGUCAUUUUGUGUUGUCGUCUCUCGGGCUCUGCGUGCGCUUCCCCCCCCAACCAUGAGUACUGGCGUGUACCCGUUCCCGAUGGAGGUGGCUGUUUACCAGCUGCACAACUUCUCCAUCUCCUUCUUCUCCUCCUUAUUGGGCGGGGACGUGGUCUCGGUCAAGCUAGACAACAGCGCGUCCGGGGCCAGCGUGGUCGCCAUCGACAACAAGAUCGAGCAAGCCAUGGAUCUGGUCAAGAAUCACCUGAUGUACGCAGUGCGGGAGGAGGUGGAGGUACUCAAGGAGCAGAUCAAGGAGCUGGCUGAGAAGAACUGCCGCCUGGAGCGCGAGAACAGCUUGCUGAAGAACCUGGCCAGCCCUGAGCAGCUGCAGAAAUUCCGCUCCCACCUGCUCCUGGAGGCCCCCGUGGCCGAGAAGAAGAGCCAAGGGGCAGCUGCCCCAGCCCAACACAGGGCGGGCUCUGCGGUGUAAGGUGGCUCUGUCCAUGGGGUGGGCAGAGCCACAGAACUGCUUCAACUUGAUCUCCAAGCGAACGUGGUUUACUCACAUCUCCUGUGGAGGAUUCCAUAGAGGGCCUGAUGGAGACCCUUCGCCUGCGACCCCUUCCUUGGGUCUGGCCACAGACUCCUAAGAAAAGGAGCAAGGCUGCAUUGGAGUUGCUAUGGGCACACGGCUGCUCCACCUGAAGGAGACCACGAGCACCCUGGAGAAGGGGCUGUGCUGAAAGGGGGGGGCAAAGACUGUUGGUUUAGAAGAAUCUGGUUGGAGGUUUUCUUCAAUCAGCUCAGAGAAAAGGCAGCCCCUACCACUCCUGGGAUAGGAACAGGAGCAGCUGAUCAGCUGGCAAGACUUUCCUGCCCCUCACUAGCUCUCUCGCUCCACAAUCCAGACCUCUGUGCCUGGCACCCGCCUGUUGCAGACUUGGGCAUGUGGGGAGCUGUCAAGAUGCCGACUAGAAUGAGGACUGCAAGCCAGAGGGGAGGAGCUUCUCAUGCUGUGAUUUGUCUACUGACAACAGCCUUGGGGAGGGGGGGGGCUCGGUUCAUUGCCUUUAUCAAUGUUCCCUGCAGCCCCUGGAUCUCUUGAUGGGGUCCAAAGAGGAUCACCAGGGGAGCCGGAGGAGGUGGCUGAGGGACUCUCACACACCCCCCCUGGGGGGGAGAGGGAAUCUUGCUUCUGUAGUGCAUUCUGAAGAUGGGUGCAUAGUGAAAUAUUGCAAUAAAGUUUGUCAUACACA